GGCUGGGUCGGCGGGCACGGCCGCCGUUCUUUCUGCAGCGCGGACCCGGCUUUCGGCCGCCGCGGGCGCUCGUGCCGGGGAUGGCGGCGACGGCCGAGCCCGGGGCCCGCGCCUGGCUCGGCGGCGGCUCUCUACGCCCGGACAGCCCGGCCUCCAGCCCCGAGCUGGGCGGCAGAGGCCGCACGCGGCCGGGGCCGGGAUCCGGGCCGGGGUCGGGGUCCGAGCCGGGGCCGGAGCGGGCGGGCGCCAGGUCCCCUGGCCCCGCCACGCCGGGCCACAGCUUCCGGAAGGUGACGCUCACCAAGCCCACCUUCUGCCACCUCUGCUCCGACUUCAUCUGGGGGCUGGCCGGCUUCCUGUGCGACGCCUGCAACUUCAUGUCCCAUGAGAAGUGCCUGAAGCAUGUGAAGACCCCCUGUACGAGCCUGGCGCCCAGCCUGGUCCGCGUCCCUGUGGCCCACUGCUUCGGCCCCCGGGCGCUCUACAAGCGCAAGUUCUGUGCCGUGUGCCGCAGGGGCCUGGAGGCGCCCGCGCUCCGCUGUGAAGUGUGUGAGCUGCACGUUCACCCCGACUGUGUGCCCUUCGCCUGCAGCGACUGCCGCCAGUGCCACCGGGACGGGUACCGGGACCACGACACGCACCUCCACCACUGGCGAGAGGGGAACCUACCCUCCGGCGCGCGCUGCGAGGUCUGCAGGAAGACGUGCGGCUCCUCCGACGUGCUGGCCGGCGUGCGCUGCGAGUGGUGCGGCGUGCAGGCCCACUCGGUCUGUUCCGCGGCGCUCGCCCCCGAGUGCGCGUUCGGGCGUCUUCGCACCCUGGUCCUGCCUCCGGCGUGCGUGCGCCUGCUCUCCCGAAACUUCGGCAAGACGCACUGCUUCCGCAUCGCCGAGGGCGCCGCCCCGGAGCCGGGCGAGGGGGAUGACGGCGUGGACGCGGGCGCCCCGGCCGGCCCGGGCAGAGAGGCGCUGGCGCCGGAGUCUGGCAAGCAGACCCUGAAGGUCUUUGAUGGCAAUGACGCCGUGCAGCGAAACCACUUUCGUGUCAUCACUGUCCCCCGCUUGGCCAGGAGUGAGGAGCUGCUGGAGGCCGCGCUCCGGGCCUACUACAUCAUGGAGGACCCUCGUGACUUCGAGCUGCAGGUGUUCCCCCCACCUGCACAGGCUGGCAACCCCGGGGCCCGAGGAAAAGCCCGGAGUGGUGGAACUGCGGAGGAGGAGGGCGGCAGAGGCUCUGGGUCCCGCGAGGCUGCGCCCGAGGCCUGGAUCAUCCGAGCUCGGCCCCGCACCCAGGAAGUGCUAAAGAUCUACCCGGCCUGGCUCAAGGUGGGUGUGGCCUACGUGUCCAUCCGUGUGACCCCGCAGAGCACUGCCCGGACUGUGGUGCUGGAGGUCCUCCCGCUGCUUGGACGCGAGGCUGAGGGUCCUGAGAGCUUCCAGCUGGUAGAGGUGCUCAUGGGCAGCAGGCAAGUCCAGCGGACGGUGCUGGUGGAUGAGGAGCCCUUGCUUGGCCGGCUUCGAGACAUCCGGCAGACAUCCCUGUGGCAGAUGAGCCAGACGCGGUUCUACGUGGCCGAGAGCAGGGUUGUGGUGCCGCGUGUCUCCCUGUUUGUUGGUGGCCUGCCGCCGGGCCUGUCCCCCCAGGAGUACAGCAGCCUGCUGGAUGAGGCUGUGGCCACCAAAGUGGGCCUGGUGUCUGUGAGCCACGUCUACUCCUGGCAAGGUGCUGUGGUGCUGGACGUGGCCUGCUUCGCAGAGGCCGAGCGGCUGUACAUGCUGGUCAAGGACACGGUUGUGCACGGCCGGCUGCUGACUGCUCUGGUGCUCCCGGAUGUCCUGCACACGAAGCUGCCCCCAGACUGCCGCCCCCUCCUCGUGUUUGUGAACCCCAAAAGUGGAGGCCUCAAGGGCCGUGACCUGCUUUGCAGUUUCCGGAAGCUGCUGAACCCUCACCAGGUCUUUGAGCUGACCAACGGGGGGCCUCUGCCCGGGUUCCACAUGUUCUCCCAGGUACCCUGCUUCCGGGUGCUGGUGUGCGGAGGGGACGGCACUGUGGGCUGGGUGCUUGCUGCCCUGGAGGAGAUGCGACACCGUCUGGCUUGCCCGGAUCCUUCUGUGGCCAUCCUGCCUCUGGGCACAGGGAACGACCUUGGCCGGGUCCUCCGCUGGGGGGCGGGCUACAGUGGAGAGGACCCAUUCUCUGUGCUGGUGUCUGUGGAUGAGGCUGAUGCUGUGCUCAUGGACCGCUGGACCAUCCUGCUAGACGCUCAUGAGGCCAGCGGUGCAGAGAACAGCGUGGUAGAUGUUGAGCCCCCCAAGAUCGUGCAGAUGAGUAACUACUGUGGGAUUGGCAUUGAUGCGGAGCUAAGCCUUGACUUCCACCAGGCACGGGAGGAGGAGCCCGGCAGGUUCACAAGCAGGUUCCACAACAAGGGCGUGUAUGUGCGAGUUGGGCUGCAGAAGAUCAGCCACUCGCGCAGCCUGCACAAGGAGAUCCGGCUGCAGGUAGAGCAGCAGGAGGUGGAGCUGCCCAGCAUCGAGGGUCUCAUCUUCAUCAACAUCCCCAGCUGGGGCUCAGGGGCUGAUCUCUGGGGCUCUGAGAGCGACUCGAGGUUUGAGAAGCCGCGCAUGGACGAUGGGUUGCUGGAGGUGGUAGGGGUGACGGGCGUCAUGCACAUGGGCCAGGUCCAGGGUGGGCUGCGCUCCGGCAUCCGCAUCGCCCAGGGCUCCUACUUCCGCGUCACCCUCCUCAAAGCCACACCUGUGCAGGUGGACGGCGAGCCAUGGGUCCAGGGUCCCGGGCACAUGAUCAUCUCAGCCACCGGCCUGAAGGUCCACAUGCUCAGGAAGGCCAAGCAGAAGCCCAGGAAGGCCGGGACCCCCAAGGAUGCCCGAGCAGAUGGAGUGCCUACCCCUGGGGGUGACCCCAGGUAGAGGAGGCAGGCCCUAGAGCAGUCUGCGCCCGUACUACAGCAGCACCGGCCGGUGGAUGGACUUGCCCGCAGCCCUGACCUCGGGGCGUUUCCCCCUUGUCCCCAAGCCACAUGGGAAUUCUUGGGUGGGUAGUGGGCAUUCCCUCUGGGCUUCCACACCAGUGACUGGGGUGGGCACAGGUCUCUACCUGGCCAGGCCUCUCGUCCCCUGGAAGGGGGGCACUCCUCCCUUUGUGUCCCUCACCUCCCUGAGCCCCUUGAGCUGGGCGGCGCUGGACUUCAUCUUGUGCUCCUGGGCCGCCCCCUGGAUGCUCUGACACAGCAGCUGACUCCGUGGGCCCUGGGUGUGCCUAGAGACAUGGGACCCCCAGCCACCAGCUCCUCUGGCCUCACCUCACCAACGAGGGCUGGGCGGAGGCACCUGCUGUGUGUUUUGGGGGAAGGUGCCUUCUCUCCCGGCCUUGUCACUGCGGCCGAGCUGCUUGGGCCACAGGGCCCAGGCAGUGUCUGGCUGGGCGUGGUCCUGAGCCUGGCUGGUGGCCCCAGAGUGGCAGGGCUGCACCUGGGGAGAGCAGGGCCCUAAGGAGGCCAAGUGGGCUCAGCCACCGUCCUCAAGGUGGAGUGUGGUGCCCAGGAGGCAGCGGGAGGAGGAGGGCCGGGCCCUCACGAGGGCAGGCAGAGUGCACCUGGAAGGGACCAGAAGUAAACGCAUGCAGGCCUGGGCCCUGGAGGUCCAGAGGAAGGUUAUGGAAGUGAAGUGUGACCCCAGGACCGACUUGGCACUUUAUGUUCUGUUUGCCAGCACUCAGCAUGCCAGUUUCUAGCGUCUGCUCAGCAGAUGGGACUUCUGCGGGCUCAGUGCUUCUCCAUGUGGAGACCCGGCUCUGUGGGACAUGGGACAGGGCUGCCAGGCGGGCUGCUCGCAGCUGCGUCUUCCACUGAGCUCCCGAGUCAGACGGCCCACAGAGUCACAUCUGACUCUGGGAGGACCCUGACCCAGCAUGAACUGUCUGCUUGGGAAUUCUCCUGAGGCCCCCAAAGAAGGGAUUCACAAGUCCACACCUUUCCCAGUCGUCCCUUCUGCGCUUGGCACUGUCUGGCCAGGCUGGGCCCUCAUACCCCUUGGCCAUGGCUUUGCCCUGAGUUUUGGCCUCAACCUCAGACAGGGCCCCACCCAGCCCUGUGCCCCACAAGCUUCUGCCAAAAUCGCAUAGACCAAUGCACUGUAACAGCCAUUUGUGGUGGAUGUUCUUGUCACAUGCCUCCAGUGCACAGAUGCACGUUCCUUGUGGUCACGUCCCCAAGUCCCCAGUGGUGUAGUUUUUACUUCGCAGGCCCCAGUGUUGGUUUCAGUCUGUAGGAAUUGUCUGUAAAUUGUGAUUAGGGUGACUGUUUGUAUUUAAGUGAGUCUGUGUGCCAGGUGGGGCUGCAGGCUCUGCACCAAUCCCUCGUGUGUAAUUUAUACCUGAAUGUGACCAUAACUUAUAUCCGGGACAAUACAGUCAGCACUGCUGUCCUGCUGC